CUUUCCCCUUGAAGCAGCACAAACGAAAAACAAGAAUGAAGCCGAAGAAGAACAAAGAGAUGGCCGUUAAAGCUUCCUCAAGAUCAAUAUCUGCUACAGAGGCACUGGUUGUCCAUCUGAUUUGUGGCUUAGGAUUAGCUGUAGCUUUUUGGGUGGCCCACAAUGUCCACUCCAUCAACCUCACCACCCAUCCUUCUCAUACCCUUCGUCUGAUCUGCGUUUUUGAGUGCCCAAUUGUGAUUCUUCUUUACAGCCGGUAUAGGAAGGACCGUGAACGAUGCUCCUAUUUGAAAGCUGUAGGACGUGGCCUACUGGGACUUCCUGCUGGGGCUCUGGUAAAUACAUUGGGAGCAAUUGCCUUGGGUGCACCCGCUGGAAUCCAGUAUCUACCAAAGACCAUUAACUGGUCUCUAGUGAUGUCAUUGUUCACUAUUGUGCCUGCAGCUUCUGUUUUUGGUUCAUCAUGGAUGGAUUGGCAACGCAUAUUUGCAUGUACAAAAGCUAUUGACCCUGUAGAUUAUAUGAUUUGUAUACCAGCACAUGGAGUUAUUAUUGGUGCUUGGUUUGGAGCUUUUCCAAUGCCGCUUGACUGGGAACGCCCAUGGCAGUUUGGCAGCCUUCUGACACCAAUGCAAACUGGCAAACCUUGAGAGCCAUUAAUGUGCUUGACAGUGUUACAAGCUUAAUACAUUUGUAUACAGUUCCAUUUUCUUGACUAGUGUUCUUUAGGCAUACCUGCCUCUGAAUGAAAAAAUUUCUUUUAAUGUUUCAUCUUCAGAAAGGUUAAUGUUGUCUAAACUUCCGUUAAGUCUUGAUCUGAGUGGGAGUCGCUAUAGGUGAUGAAUUGGAAGAACUUACUAUUUCCCAAAUCGCGCUUCUUAAUUAAAAAUAUGGUAAAAUAUAGAUUUUAUGGAACAUUGUGGUUGCUUAAUAACUGAAAACAGAAAAUAGGAUUAGAUAUGGUUUCAAAAAUGAUAAGAUUAAGAUCUUCUUUUCACCUCCCUUCCUAAUCCCUGACAAGUCCUUACUCUUAUAUACUCUAGUGAGUAAGGCUGCUCAAGGAUUGGGUGAGUUGGGAUUUGGACUCGAACACCAUCCAGACCAAUUUUAUUGGGUUGAAUAGAGGCCACCAUGUUCCUAACUGAAAGAGUUUCUCAACCCAAGCCUAUCCAAUCCACCGAUUUUGGGUUGUAUUGUAAACUUGUUAUCACAAGUUCACAACCACGUGCUGGAGGCUCCCUUCAGAUUUAAAGGCAGUGAUUCCAAAGUCUAUGAAAGCCAGGAAGCCAUGGAUGGCAGGGGAUUUUUGGAAAGACUUAACGGAAGAAAUGAAUAAGUAGCAUGAUAAAUUGAUUCAGCAGCUAUUUGUUAUAUAUUGUGCAUGGUGAACUUCAAUGGUUUACCACCG